AUGAGUAGGCGCGGGCUUGGUUUUCAGCACUGUACAGGGACUGCAGUUAUAAUUCUAGUAGUUGUUGACAUUUCUUGUUAAAGAUCCAUAGGCUGUUUUCAUAGGCAUGGCCGUGAAACUCCGGAGCCCUCUUGCUCGCCUUAUCUACGAGAAGUAUGAGCAUGCGCAGGAGCAUAUGAAUUCGAAUCAUGAUUAUGUACCGCACUUUUACAAUUUAUCAAUUGUAGUGGUACAGUGUCAGGAAUGAAUAUUUGUCGACUGAACUAAUGAAAAUUUUCCUUCAAUCUGAGCAGGAUGAGGAGACCACAGCUUUUCUUCAGAAUUGUUACGAAAAAUCAGAUUGGUUCUUCACCCAGCUCUACCAUUCGAUCUCGAAGUCUGUUUUAACCUGGUUUAUGACAGUCACGUCGGCAAACGGGCAAGUGGAAGUCCAUUUUCAUUUCUAUCACGUUGUUUUGGCUAGUGCUGAGCCGUCUUCUCACCAACGCCGUUCCCGUCUGCCUUCGAAUUCUCCACUCCUUUAGACCCGCAGUUAUGGCCACUAAGAGCGAAAUCUAAAUAUCAUAAGCAUGUUACAUAUUGACGGGCAAUCCUGGACGUCUUCAGGCAGUGUUACUGCUUUUGUAGCCGAAAAUAUCAUCCUGGUGUUCGUCGGCAUGCCUUUGUUCGCUUUACCCAGGCGCCGGCAAACAACAUCGUUAAGUAGGGUCCCCUAGUUUUGUUAUAGACACCACGCGUCAGUUUAACAGGUGGUAGACUUAUCACGUACUCAAGGUUGCUUUGGUUUUCUCAGUUAUAUCCUCAUGGUUCACGAAUUUUCGAUUGGCAACCACAGCGACCCCUUUGCUCCUCAUUAGUUUGUCUGAAUGCUGAGUUAGGAAGCAGUCGAAUUUUCCUAACUCCUUACAAUUGUCUUUCAGGUCACUUCUAGUAUACGCAGUUCGGUUUUUGCAAACCAUUAAGUAUUGGUACGUUUUCGUGGCCUCUGCAGUCAAUAACGAAUGUUUUUUUAAAUAAACGCUCUUGUCUUUCCUGAAGGCUUCUUAAUCGGGGUUCGAUGUUUGUGCUUUCCACCGCGCAGUUCCGCCGUUUGCUCGGUGUCACCAGUGACUGGCAUGCCAAACGACUGUUGGAUCUAGGUAAUCACUAUUUGUUUCAUCACCGUUGUUUGCAUUCGGUUCAUCGGAAUCUGUCAAUGCGUUCUUUAUUAAUGACUUGUACAUUCAAAUGAUGAUUAUCUCAUCAGAUAGUGUCGACCGUUUUUGUUUUAUGAAUAUUUUUCAGCUUUUUCUGGCUCCCGCCAGUUAAAAUCUGCGUAAUAGUCUUCAUGAUCACCCUUUAAAACGGCACACCACAUUUGCAAGCAAGGGUGUGUAGAAACAACAUUUUUGUACUGCCAUUAGUACGCUAGAGACCCAGUGCAUACUCUGUUUUCGGGGUCUCAGCCUAUUUAUGCUUUUAAAUAGCCCGCAAAUUAUGAUCUGAUAAGCGCAUCUGUUGCGGGCGUAGACGCUGAGGGUAGCACACACGGGGUAACGUAAAGCAUUGGAAAUGACUCCUGGCUUCAAACGACCUGAAGAGUUGUUAGACACGUCAUUGCACUCAUCCAGACGAUAAAAUAGAGGAGGAAAUUGACUGUGAGCGUCCCUCUACCAUCAUAUAUAUAAUGCCAUUCUGCUUAUAUCAUGCGUCGCUGUGCGACUGCUGGUUGACCUCAAGGGAGAGAGAGAGAGAACCCUAAGGCACAAUCGGGGUCCCAUAAAAACAGUCGAUGAGCGCCCUUCUAUCACUGUAUAUUCUCCAUCGCAUCCGACAGGACAGGAAGAGGAUUUUCUAUGUAUAGUAAUAGUCAGUGGUACAGGAAAAGAUGAGCUGCAGCAGGGGAAUGGCCUGUCUGGGUGGAAAGGUGACGCCGACUUACCAGCUAAACAACUAAUGGGAAAGGCAGCGCUGUGGGCAACUGCAGGGGGCGGGCCUUGGAAGGUGCUGACGUAAAGAGAGAGAGGAAAGAGUUGCGAUGUCGGCGGUAGGGGGUGGGGAGGGCACCGACCAUUUUCACCAACACGCAGUUACACCAUCCUCACCCCAGAUCCGCGCCGAAAGAUUCCACCUCAUUCAAACAACUAUACAGUUCGUGGGGCGCAAGACUCAGCUGUCAUGUCCACAGUUGUUGAAUACACUGGGGUCAUAAACUAUGACCUUAACCGGUCCUUAUUCCGAAUGGGACUUUCCCGAAGUUUUUACCGUCUGAUCUGAGACCUAAGUCCCGAAUUCCGUCUGCAAUGCAAUUAGCCUGUUGCCUGCUCGCAUAGUAAUAACUGUCGACUAUUUGUGCAUGUUGACCUUUUAUACAUCAAAUUGCUCACGUUUGAUAGUGGCCUCUGUGAUGGGUGACAUUCUGGCUGCUUUUUCCGGGCUGUUAGCCAAAGUGGUCGAGGGGCCGUAAAACUAGUCUGCGAAAUGGUGGUUAAGACUUGAACGAUAGCACUUGACGUCAUGCUGUUACCAGCACACAACGAACUUCGUGGAAAGUAGAUUCCCUGAAUGUCCAUGUAUUAAAUCAGCCUCUUAUCCUAAGUGCUGGGUCGAGUUCCGCAUUAUAUAAAGAUUUGCUACUGUUUUUGUUAGUCCAGAGUCCACGGUGUCGGAACUGUCUACUUUGACAUUCAGCAUUUCCUGGGCAACGAUCAGGUGAAGAAAUUCCCGGAACUACUAUGCACCACUGCGACUGAUUUUGAUUGAUGAUUGAUUUGUAUUAUGCUUUAUAGCCAAUAGUGAUGGCCCUGACUUCUCUACCAAUGUAGUCCCAAUGUUCUAGUGGCGCAGUAUCAUCUUGUAACCGUCUAGCUUCACUUUUUCCUCGUACCGACACCAAAUUAGUUGCAAACCCUCGUGAGACGGCUGCAGAAAAUGCCAUAGCCCGCUAGGAUGUUCCCUGAAAUGGAUCCGCCUAGGUUGCGGCCGUUCUAUUGACAAAGCGACACAUUUUUUGUUGUUACCGCUGGCUAUGUCAGGCUGUGCAUUUUUUACGCCAACAGCGCUUCUUCUUUCAGGCGCCGGUGACGGUAAAGUAACGGCCAAAAUGGCCCCACUCUUUGACGAGGUCUACACAACAGAAAUGUCACCUGUCAUGCGAUGGCGCCUAAAGCAGGCGAAUUUCACGUAAGCUACGCGCUCCGUACGUCUCUCUUCCCUCCACACCACCAACCUCAGGGCCCAUUUUUGCCCUGUUCUUUCUCCCUAGAGUCCUCGAUGUUGACAAAUGGGAUCAACCUCCUGAAGCAAGUGAUACCUCCGUUGACCUUGCUUCCUCCUCCUGCUCAAAGCCAGCUCAACCGCAAUACGACGUUGUCAGUUGCCUCAACCUCCUCGACCGUUGCUCUGAACCGCUUACUCUCCUACGUAGGAUUCGGGAGGUCCUUAAACCCGGUUCGGGCUUGCUUGUGCUUGCCGUCGUCUUUCCUCUGAAGCAGUAUGUGGAAUGUAAGAGAUGGAGUUUGAUGGAGUUGCAUCUUACUGAGGUUCCUUUUUUAUUGGACCCUCUUGAUCACUCCUUUUCCGUUACGUGAAGUUUACUGGCUCGAGUUCUGUGCUUUGACUGUGGUAGAUCCUUUACAGGAAACUGUCUGCGCGCGCGUACUGGUAGUUGGUGUUGUUGGCCGGGAAAUUGCCGCAUUCGACUCCACGGUGCAAUGAUCGUAGCCCUUCGGUUGUCCAAAGACUAUUGGACAGCUGCUGCUGCUUCUGCUGCUGCUGCUUUUAACACCUUGGUGGAUAGACUAUUCUCGGCGGUUUCCAAACUUAAGGGCGCAUGUUUCUAUUCAGUUCUCUAGCCCAUCAAUUCAAGCUUUUAGGCUUGUGCUGGAUGGCAGCAUUUUCCGGAUCUCUGCACAGUCACUCCUGAAUGAUAGCCUCUGCGCAUCAGCUUAUUUCACAGACAACCGUCACUCAAAGCCGUUCCACUGUCUGCCACCCGUGAAAAUGUUUGGCUGCUCGUGAUUAGGCUAACAGCAGGCCCCACUCCCCAGUUUAUGUCAGUUAUGGCACAUUUGAGUUGCCUCUGUGUGCUUUUUAAGUAGGCUAGACUCUCCAAGUUCGCGACAACCCGUAGCUUGUAAUGUUUUGCAUUGCGUAGUACUUUGCCGUAUGCUUUGCCAUACUAACACUCGGUGCGUUGUUACCGCUGCACAUCUUUAAUGGCAGUACGUACUCUUACGGCGCUCCGAAACCGCGGUCUCUGAUAGCCUGCGCCAUUUAGGCCCUGCAUUCUUGCAGUCGUCUACCGGUGCGAACAUUGAUUGCGGUUAGCAGUGAUGAUUGGUAAAUAAAAAUGAUUUUAAGAGUUGAAACUAUUGGAUGUGAAGUCUCCCCCUACCUUCGCCCUGCUACCCCGUUUGUGGACGCCUACAGCGUCGUUCAUCUUGUAUUACAGCCAUGUCUGCCGCCUCUGCGUUGAUCCAGCACUGCCGAGUUAAUUGGAAGCUCUUGUUUCUCAGGGUUGUUGACAUCCGCACAGUUCAUUUGCUCAGUGUCAUCAUUAUUCAGGUUCUUAAUGCACUGGACCUUGCUUCAGGCACCGACCUACGCACACCAGUCAUCUGAUCUUCAUGCAGUUUGUCGGAUAGGUCGUCGCUCACGAGUUUAGGAGCACUGCCUUCUUUGUGGAGUCCUGUUUUAGCAAACCAAUUCAAUGUUGGCUGAAAUUCUGAAAUGUGUUUUCGACUAGUAAGGUCUACUUAGGCGGGGUUUAAUCAUUCAUUAUCAUGGGACAUAAUCCUAAUAUAUUUCGAGCUCGGCAAAAUGUCGGCUCUUGAAAGCUUUACAUUUUAAUCUUCUGUAAAAACGUACUCGGUAACACGUGACUACUUAAGUAGCAUGCGUUUUUGCAAUGAUUUUGGACGGUUUUGAAAAUUUAAAUAUAUUUUACAGAAACCCCGAACAAAAAUAUGUUUCCUUUCAGUUGUCUGAUAGACUCAUUUGUCUUUAUGUUUUAUACCCGAAGAAGGAGUACAACUAGGUUUAAUAAAAGUUUUCUAAUCCCUAAAUAAUUUCGAGCAUGAUCAGCCGGUGCAUUAGCGCUUAGGGAUUUCAGUCUACAAGGUGCAUGUGUUUUCCGUAAAGAAAAUCACUUAUACUUCCAUGCCUUUAAAAAGCUACUACAUAGGAUCGAUGAAAUUUUGUAGUAGAACCGGAACAUGUACAUUUCAUGUGUAGCAGUGGUAAACAGACAGGUACGAUGCGGUAUGAAUGGACAUUGCGCGGUCUUAAAUAAUUUCAUAAUUAGAAACUGUGUCAAGGCCUUAUUAUACUCCUUCUAGUAUAAAAUAUAAAGAUAACGUGAUUCUCUAUCAAGCGACUGGAAGAAAGCAUAUUUUUGAUUGUGGUUUCUAUAAAAUGUAUUUAGAUCCGCCGGACCAUCGAAAAUCAAUGUCGAAAAUGCAUGCUACUUAAGUAGUCAUUUUUUACCGAAUAUGGUUUCUAAGGGCGAUUUAAAAGCAGUGCAUUCAAAAGCUGACAUCCUGCCGAGUCUGAAAUAUUACAGGAUUAUGACGCAAGGAAAUCAGUUUUGCAACCGCGCUUAAGUAAUCCUUCCUAAUCGAAAACGCAUUUCAGAAUUUCAGCCAACACUUCAUGAGAUCGGUCACUCACUGCAGGUAGCGAUGAAGCUAUGACUGCUCUUCAUUGUUCCCUCAACUGGUUGAAGAAACGGCGGCCCCCUGCCACUGGCAUCCCAGAGUCCCAUUUGCAGUCCUUCGUCGCCUGUAAAUAACCCCCAGACUUCAAUACGAUAGUUAGCUUCAUUGUCAGAGUGUUGCCUGUGUGGCAGAAGAGCUCAUUCCACAUAUUCGUUAAAAAUUAGGGUUCUCGUAGCUAAACCGCUUUAACCCCUGUGGUCGGUAAUACUUCCAGCAAAGUCGCUUUGAUUGUUUCAAGCCCACCAUAACGGAACGAAGAUCAAAGUGUGCACGAAUGAAGGAGAGUGCUUUAUCUGAUAUCACUCCUAUUGUCUAUUAAGGUCGUUUUCUCUCGUAGCCGAACGAACUUCAGAUUGGGCAUGCUUUUAUACGCAAACAAUAGGUCGUAAUACGUGCAUUGCUGAUCCUAACUUCACAGAAAACGGCAAGCGGCGUCCUAUGCUGGUACGAAAGUGCCGCAUCGGGUUCCGCAGUCGAAGACACUUUCCCGAUCAUCGUUGAGGGUGAGAGUUGUGGGCUAUGGGGCAGCUUCUUUGGUGUUGAAGAAGAAGACACGAUCGGUGGGACAAGAGCUGUAUCAGCCUGACGUUUUAGAUUCCUUCUCGAACCCAUCGUCAGAGACAAAAGCAGAUUCGGGUGGUUCAUGCACAAGGGGCUGUAGUAUUUAUAAAUAAAAUAAAUAUAUUAUAAAUAUUUAUAAAUGCUGCAGCCCCUUGCGCAUGAACCACCCGAAUCUGCUUUUGUCUCUGACGGUGGAUUCGAGCAGGAAUCCGAAACGUCAGGCUUGUACAGCUCUUGUCCCACCGAUCGUGUCUCCGUCUUCAAGGCUACUUCCUGGGACUCGUCUCUUCGCUUCUAUUAGCUUCUUUGGUGUUAUGUCCAACUUUCUGUCAAACGGGCGUGGUAAGGACGUAAUCGGUCAUCAGAUCAUCCAAAAAGGCAGUUGCCUCUAUGAGAUACCUUUUUAGAAGCAACCCAGGCGGAUGUGGGACGAGAGUCGUUCCCUCCCCGGCCAUCGUGGCCUUGCGAAUCGGGGUCUCCCUCAUGUCUGUGCAAUAUCCCCUCCAAUUCCCCUUGGAACAUUCACGGCUUGUGCUGUUGAGUCUGGGGCUAGAGAAAAACAUUAGAGUCCCUCCCUCUCCUGACGUCUGUCCACCUUUUUCGGUUUAUUCAGUUGCAGAUGAACACCGCCCCGUGGAGCUGAUGGACGUAUCUGCCAGUCGAGUUUGGGAGGUCCAGUUUUCCAGCUUUGUGGCUAAUGUCCUCCAGCCGGCUGGCUACGAACUGCUGGCCUGGUCACGCGUGCCCUACAUCUGUGAGGGGGACCUGGCGCGUUCCUUCUACUCACUUAACGACGUUGUCAUGACUUUGAGACCACGAAUACCGGAAGUCGCUGAGGCGCCUCUCGAUACGCAUUGA